GAGAGAGAGAGAGAGAGAGAGAGAGAGAUGGGUUCGGAAAAGCCUCAUGCCGUUUUGAUUCCAUACCCAGCACAGGGCCAUAUCAACCCCAUGCUAAAGUUAGCGAAGCUCCUCCAUUCCAGAGGCUUCUACAUCACCUUUAUACACACCGAGUUCAACCACAGGCGCCUCUUGCGGUCAAGAGGCUCUGAUUCUUUCAGCUGUCUCGACGACUUCAGCUUCGAGACCAUACCUGAUGGCCUCCCGCCGUCCAAUCGUGAUGCCACACAAGACGUCGCGGCUCUCUGCCACUCCACAAGGAAAACCUGUCUCGGGCCCUUCCGUAACCUCGUGACGAAGCUCAACAACACCAUCGGCAUACCCCAAGUUAGCUGCAUCAUCGCCGACGGGGCCAUGGCGUUUACGCUGCCGGUCGCCAACGAGCUUCACAUACCUGAAGUUCUGUUCUGGACGACGAGCGCUUGCGGCUUCUUGUGUUAUCUCUACUAUCGGGAGUUGAUUGAGAGAGGCUUUACACCGUUGACAGAUGAAAGCUACUUAACAAACGGAUAUCUCGACACUCGCAUCGACUGGUUAUCCGGCCUGAAGGAUAUCCGUCUAAGGGAUUUCCCUACUUUUAUCCGGACGACGGAUCCCGAUGACAUCAUGCUCAACUUCGUGGCCGAAGAAGCACAGAAAGCUUGCAAAGCAUCAGCGGUUGUUCUCAACACAUUCGAUGAUAUGGAGCAUGAUGUUCUAGAUGCAAUGAGACGCAUGCUUCCCCACCUUUACACUGUCGGCCCUCUAUCGCUUCAAUGCAAUAAGAUAUUGGACAGCCGCUUGAAUUCAAUCGGAUCAAGCUUGUGGAAAGAAGAAGAUGAAUGUCUGGAGUGGUUGGAUAAAAAGAAGCCCGGAUCGGUCGUUUAUGUUAACUUCGGAAGCAUCACUGUCAUAUCAGCCGAGCAGCUUAAAGAGUUCGCCUGGGGGCUAGCAAAUAGUAACCAUCUGUUCUUGUGGGUCAUUCGUCCUGAUCUUGUUGCUGGCGAUGCAGCCAUGUUACCGCAAGAAUUCAUAAAAGUGACCCACGAGAGGGGUCUGCUUGCGAGUUGGUGCCCACAAGAGAAAGUGUUGUCCCACCCUUCGAUUGGAGGGUUUCUAACACAUUGCGGGUGGAAUUCAAUGAUUGAGAGCGUAUCUGAGGGCGUGCCUGUUAUAUGUUGGCCAUUCUUCGCUGAGCAACAGACCAACUGCCGGUUCGCUUGCACUGAUUGGGGAAUUGGCAUGGAGAUCGACAACGAUGUGAGGAGAGAUGGCGUGGAGGGGCUUGUGAGGGAGCUGAUGGAUGGAGAGAAAGGGAAGAUUAUGAGGAAGAAGACCAUGGAGUGGAAGAUGGCUGCUAAGAAUGCCACAAAGAAAGGAGGGUCUUCUUACAUGAAUCUGGAGAAACUAAUAAGUGAGGUGCUUUGUGCUGUAAAAUGCUAGUCUACUCCAUGGCUACGAUGGGCCAUGUGAAGCAUCAUAGGUCGAAUGAGGCUUCCUUGUGGUAGGGCGCAUG